AUGGAGGACCUCCCCAGCAGGCACAAGGAGGUUACCAGCCUGGUCCUGGCCACCAAGGAGGUCGUGGAGGAAAUCAACCACAGAGGGAUGUGGUCUGGCCACAAGGAAAUCAGAACACCAACAGUUCCUAUUUCCCUGACAAUCAGCAAUGAAGAGGCCCAGACCCUUUCCUCCAGUGUCCCCAUGAAUAGUUUUGAUUUUGGGAAUUUGUUGACAAUUUUUUCAACUAUUAUAUUGGUGCUUGGAAGCAUUGGAUCCUGUAUUGCAUGUGGUAGAGCCGAGUACAGAAUAGGGGAGGAAUGUUGUCCCUUGUGUUCACCAGGAAAUCGUGUACAUAAGCAUUUUACAAAAUUCACCACUACCUCCUGUGUGUCCUGUAUUGCUUUUACAUUCUUUGAUGAGCCCAAUGGUCUCAUGAAAUGUGCACCAUGUUCCAGAUGUGAUUCAGAUUUGGGUUUGAGGGUGAAACAGCCAUGCACAUCACAAUCAGAUGAUUUUUGUGAGCCACAGGAGGGGUUCUUUUGUUGGUUCUCAAACAAAAAUGGUUGUAAAAUAGCCCAGAAACACAGAAGCUGUAAACCUGGUCAAUACAUCCAUCACACAGGAACAACAUCUACAGAUACUGUGUGUUCUGACUGUACUGGUGAUACCUAUUCAGAUGGAUCAUUAGCAGCCUGCCAGUCACACACUGGAUGUGAAUCGUUGGGACUUCAGGAAAUUAAACCAGGAACUCAUUGGUCGGAUUCAGAGUGUGGAUCACUACUAUCCCAUUCCACAGCUAGAAGCGGAAUUAUUGGUGCCCUGGCAGUUGUCAUUAUAUUAGCUGGAGGGGCUUUCUUUUUAAUAAUGGUCAGAAGAAGGUCCAGAAGGAGCCUUAACAGCUUCUGCUGUUAAGACUGCUGAACAAUUAAUGAAAUGGCCACCCGGACUAUUUACAACCCCCCCCCCCCCCCCCUUUGUUUUUACACUCCUGCUACUCUCUGUUUAUUAUCUAUGCAUAGUCACUUUACUCCUACCUACAUGUACAAAUUACCUCAAAUAACCUGUACCCCCACACACUGACUCGGUACUGGUACCCCCUGUAUAUAUUGGGGCGGCAGCGUAGCCUAGUGGUUAGAGCAUUGGACUAGUAACCAAAAGGUUGAAAGUUGAAGUCCCCGAGCUGACAAGGUACAAAUCUGUCGCUCUGCCCCUGAACAAGGCUGAUAGAAUUUAGGCUGUCAUUGAAUAUAAGAAUUUGUUCUUUCUUUCUAGUUCAAUAAAGAAAAUAAUUAUUGUUA